ACGAAAGUACUGUGUGUAUCUGUAUGUGGCAUGGACAAGUCUCUGUACAUGACCCUUGUCCCUGAGGCUAGGACCGGCACCCCAUAACCUACCUCAACACCAAACUUGGCCACCAUAAGCGGCCGGCCAUAGCCUGAGCGAUGCCGCAAUGCAAGAUUGGUUGUCAUUUUGGCAACACACUUACGGCGCCUGGCGCGCAUGUUUCCGGCCCCCUUUGGCCUCUUUGGCGGCUUUCUCGAUUCACGGAAUCCCCCGGUGCAGGUUGAACCGCUUGAAACGUAUCUCAACUCGCCGAGCCCAACCUGUACCCAAUGCAACGGGGGACGUGGUCCUCUCCUCUCCUCUCCUCUAUCUUUAUCCGUCCACGUCAAAGCCUCUAGCAACCACGACAUCAAGCUUGAAAAAGGGCCAUGGGAGAUGCAGGCUGUUCCCAAAGCAGAAGGCCAGCUCAUCAUUGUUGCGGCUUCUCCGGCCUGUGCUCCACGGUCUCAUGGCUCUCACCGUCACUUAGACGCAUUUCUCUCCAUCGAUUUGUUUGCAGUGCUUGAGACCGGUGACGGAAUCUCCAACCCGCUAAUGUCGCCCGUGCUUUCAGCCACUCGUGUUCCUGAGACCCAUAUCACACACACACGCACAAAAAAACAGGACCCAGCCUGUUGCUGCUCCAUGUGAGUUGUUUGCGCUAGUCCAUCUUGUCACAGGCAC